GAAAAUAUAAUAUGAGAGAAGAUGCCUGUUCAGAACUCCUCGACCACCUCGCGAAAAGAGAUCCAGAGAUCAAAUCGUUUCUUAAUGCUUUACACCAUUUCUUCCCUAACACACUCUACAGCAUCUCCUGUCGUCCCUGCACAAACACUACUGCCGCCGGCUUGAAAGGCUAUUUCAACUCCGGACCCAGAGUCGCUAGAAUCAUCCUCUGCUCCGACUCACUUAGGCCGUCUGAGCUGCGAUCCACCCUCAUCCACGAACUAACCCACGCCUUCGACCACGCCCGCCCUGGCACCUUCGCCACCGAGCUUCACCGCACAGCCUGUACCGAAGUUCGUGCCUCCUUGCUAGGCCAAUGUCGCGAAAUCACAAACCUGGAGGUGAGAAGGGAUUGUGUCUUUAGAGAUGCGGUGGGGAGUGUGAGCAGGCAUGUUGGAGGUGAUGAAGGGGUUGCGAGGAGGGUUGUGGGGGAGGUUAUGGAGGGGUGUGCAGGGGAUGGGGAGCCGAUGGGGAUGUUUAGGGAGGCGGUGAGGAGGGUGAGGGAGGGGGGUGGAGAAGUAUGGUGAGCGGUGAUUGGGGUCGGGAAAAGGUACUGAGCGGUAUGUUUCUGCGGUACGUUUUCUGCGGUACGUUUUCUGCGGUACGUCCUGGACCGGCGAACUCGGCAGGCGUCUUUGACGACAUGGGA